AAGGCGGAAGGAGGGUGCGCCUCUGGCUGCAGAGGGUUGAGCCCCGGCUUUCCAGCUGCGAUCCGGCCGGCGCCAUGGAGGACGCGCUGCUGUGGUUCUGCAACUGGAGCACCCUGGGCGUGUGCGCCGGGCUCAAGCUGCCGCAGAUCUACGCGCAGCUGGCGGCGCGCAGCGCGCGGGGCAUCAGCCUCCCGAGUUUACUUCUGGAGCUGGCCGGGUUCCUGGUCUUCCUGCGCUACCAGUGUUACUACAGGAACCCGCUGCUCACCUACCUGGAGUACCCCAUUCUCAUCGCUCAAGAUGUCGCCCUCCUGCUCUGUGUCUUUCAUUUUAACGGAAACAUGAAACAGGCCGCGCCCUACAUGGCUGUAUUUGUGUCUUCUUGGUUCAUCCUCAGCCUGCAGAAGUGGAUCAUUGACCUGGCCAUGAACUUAUGUACGUUCAUCAGCGCGGCCAGUAAGUUCGCCCAGCUCCAGUAUCUGUGGAAAGUGCAAGACUCGGGGGCCGUGAGCGCCCUGACCUGGGGCCUCGCUGCGUACACCUGUGCAACAAGAAUAAUAACAACUUUAAUGACCACCAAUGAUUUUACAAUUCUUAUUCGUUUUGUGAUCAUGCUGGCUUUAAACAUAUGGGUAACAGCUACAGUACUUCGCUACCGGAAGCCCAUCAUAAAGGCUGAAUGACAGACCUUAUUGCUACACAAAAAGUGGAUUUUGAGUAACUGAAGCAAAGGAAAAAGCAGCUCAUUGCUACGUGAAGGUCUUUUAUGUAUUUAGUCAAUCAUUUCAGGAAACUUUGAAGUCAGAGGUAUUUAGGACUUCAAAGAGUACUUAAACUUGUUUUUAAAAAUGCCAGUUUUGCUGGGUAUGGUGGCAUAUGCCUGUAAUUGCAGGUACUCAGAAGGCUGA